AAUGAAUAGAUAGAUAUACGUUCCAAUCUACUUCCUAUCUUCACUCUUGUUUAUUCUUUAGAUAAAAUUAAAUGACACUAUUGAUCAAAUUUAACAAAUAAACAUUAUUUCUAUGACAUUCACUGAAUUAUGUCUAAUUUUUUAUCAAUAAAAUAAAGUAUAGAUCAUCGUUACUUCCAAAAUUUUCAACUAUAUUAAUUGUGUCAAGUGUCAUUAUCAAUACGUUAAACGUCAAGACUUAAGUAUCCUGUAAAAUCUGUGCAAUAUAAUAAACUAGUAAUGAUUUGAACAGUAUUAAUUUACAAAUACUUAUAAUUAACAAAAUAUCUAAAUAACUCAUAUAUAGUAAAAUAAAAAACCGUCAUAAUGUCUCGCCAUAGGGAUGUCAGGAAUAUGGAUUACUCAGAUGACUACGAUGGAUAUGAUGAUAUUUAUGGACAUUCAGUGGACGACGAUUACUACAUAUCCCCAAGUAAUAGACAAUUUAUUUAUAAUAGAGAUAUUUCACAAAGAAGCUCAGAAGGUGACAUAAAAGAGGAAGAUGAAUCUGAAGCUGAACUAUCAGAUGUGGAUAGAGACAAAUUAGCAACUUGCAUUAAUCAAAUCACCAAGACACUAGAAUCCAUUAAUAUUUCAAGAAAUGAUCUAGUCAAUAUUAUAAUAAAAUCAAAAUUUGAUGUUGAGAAAUCAAUAAAUACAAUAUUGGAAGAUCCACAGUAUCAGACUGGAGCUUUGGAAAAAGCACUCCCUCAUCCACAACUAGUACCAACGCCUCACAUUGAACAGACAAAGGUUAUUUCAUCGACUCCAAAAACCAUAACGAACAUAACGAAAGGUUUUGACUUACCGCAAAAAGACAGCAUAACACCUAGAUCUCAAUCGCCGGCAUCUGGUAAAGUCACCCCGGUGAAUAAUCAAAACCAGAUGGAUUUCGCUGACGAAGUCAAACAAUUGAAAGCUAGAGAAAACAAAUUUGAUCCACAGUUUGUAUACAAAAAGGAACGAGGAGAAGAAAAGGAGCAGUUGUAUAUGGUUGUAAUUGGACAUGUUGACGCUGGAAAGAGUACUUUGAUGGGGAGACUACUUUGCGAAUUAGGACAGGUUAAUCAAAAAGUGAUGCACAAGUACGAACAAGAAAGUAGAAAAUUAGGGAAACAAAGUUUCAUGUACGCCUGGGUUCUAGACGAGACUGGCGAGGAGCGAAAUCGGGGUAUUACGAUGGACGUUGGCCGAUUUCAAUUCGAAACAAAAACUAAAGCCGUGACGUUGUUGGACGCUCCUGGUCACAAAGAUUUCAUACCGAACAUGAUAUCCGGAGCCGGUCAAGCAGAUGUAGCCGUUUUGGUGGUAGACGCUACACGUGGUGAAUUCGAAUCCGGAUUCGAUCACGGUGGACAAACAAGAGAACACGCCCUCCUCGUCCGUUCGCUAGGGGUUUCCCAACUAGCAGUCGCCAUAAAUAAAUUAGAUACAGUAUCCUGGUCGAAGGAUCGAUUCGAUGAGAUCGUUAAGAAACUUAAAGCGUUUCUAAAACAGGCUGGAUUCAAAGAAUCCGAUGUUACGUUUGUACCAUGCAGUGGUUUGACCGGACAGAAUUUGGUUAAUGAACCAACAGAGGAGGAGUUGUUGCAAUGGUACAGCGGACCGUGUCUAUUGGAUGUUAUCGAUAAGUUUCGAGCGCCUGAUAGGCCCAUUUCUAAACCCUUCAGACUGUCAAUUAAUGACAUAUUUAAGGGUACCGGUACGUCGUUUUGCGUAUCAGGACGAAUCGAAACUGGUACUCUAAGUAUAGGAGAUAAAGUCUUGAUAUGUCCCAAUAGAGAAGUAGCUCUAGUAAAGUCACUUUCGAUAGAAGAAGUAUCGAAAACCGUCGUAUUCGCUGGCGAUCAAGUAACAGUAACUUUAUCUGGAAUAGAAAUGCAAAACGUAUCAGUUGGAAAUAUACUUUGCGAUCCCCUCAACCCCGUACAAGUAGCUAGCAAAUUCCAAGCUAGGAUUGUGGUUUUUAACGUAACAGUGCCUAUAACUAAAGGAUUCUCGGUGGUGUUGCAUCAUCAAUCGUUAGUGGAACCGGUUGUUGUUAGUAAAUUAAUAUCUCAAUUGAAUAAGAAUACUGGUGAGCUGUUGAAGAAGCAUCCGAGAUUUUUGGGGAAUAAUACUAGUGCUUUAAUUGAAAUACAAGUAUCUAGACCUAUAGCUCUGGAAUUGUAUAGUGAAUGUAAAGAAUUGGGAAGAAUCAUGCUUAGAGUCGGAGGUGUAACUAUUGCUGCUGGGCUCAUUACUCAAAUUAUUCUGUAAGACCUGAAAAUAUAAAAGUUUUUAACAUAUA